CUCCCUUCUUUCCCCAGACCAACCGCAGCAAAAGGGCAACACCACCUCCUCGCCGUCGAAACGAAUCCAAGUGACCAGCGAACCGGCGGCGGCGGCGGCGAUGGGGAUCGGUGAGCACUUCGAGGGCUUGAAGCAGCACUGGGCGAGCAACCUCGCCUUCCUCGACUACUUCAAGAAGGUCUACGGCCGCGCCGAGCCCCUCCCCAAGUGGACCGACGCCGACGUCGACGAGUUCAUCGCCUCCGACCCCGUCUACGGGCCCCAGCUCAAGGCCCUGCGGGAGUCGAGGAAGUUCGCGCUCGCCGGGGGCUUCAUCGGCGCCGCCCACCUCGGAGGCGUCGCGCUCAAGUUCUCCAAGGCGCCGCACGGCGUCCUGUUGGCGACCGGGUUCGGGGCGAUCACCGGCGCCGUGCUGGGAUCUGAGGUGGCGGAGCACUGGUACCAGCUCUACAAGAUGGACAGGCAGGGGGCCAACCUUAGGUUCAUCUACUGGUGGGAGGACAAGGUCUCAGGCCAGAAGAGCUGAAUCAUGUUGAAUGAUGCCUAUUGUGAGCAUACCAGUUUGACAAAACAUUGAUGUCUCUUAUGUGGAAUGCUUAGUUUUUGUUUCCUAGUUUUCUCUAAUAAGGUGUGUAUUGGUUGUGGAAACCAACUGGACAAUGUAUUUUCAUUGCUGUCAUGAGUGCUGUUUAUCCUUAGUACUUACAAUGUUCAUGGUCACUCUGGUGUAAACAGCAAAUCCUAUCCGUUUUCAAGACAUGUUUUCUCAAACUACUAUUUUUCUGUCAGUAGUUACAAUCUCGGAAAUAAAAAGGCUGCACGCUGCAUCCGAAACACUUGGCCUUCA